AUGAUCGGAACAGUUUUUCUACUAUGCUUGUUCGUUUUAACAAACGGUCAAGUUUUCGCCGGUGAGAAUAAGUUUUGCUACGAAAAUACCUCCGACAGUCGGUUAUGGCUGUCAACCACCCUCGAAACGCGUCAGACAUUGCAGGCCGAGAACCCCGCCGAUCUCCAAAGGGCAGUACCGGUGUCGCAAGGUUCUUCGUGGUGGACCGACUUCCCCGUUCUGCCGUUGGUAUUCGCCAAUUCAAACACGAUUCCAAAGGGUCGUUGCAGGAAGCAAGUCCAACGGUACCUCAAGGAACUCGCCAAUUCCACGUUGUGGGCCGUCCAGAUGUUCGACGCCUCAUCGAAGUAUCCGGUCGGCGUGCUUCACGGUCACACGAAACAUUUGGGAAGCUUUGACCAAUGCUACAACUUGCGAGCGGAACUUCCGCCGGAUGAAUUCUCUGACAUGGGAGAGCCUGACGAGGUCGAAGGUCGCUACUGUUUGGUUCGCUUACGGUACCAGCGGAAAGAUGUGGAACCUAAACGCCCGAAAACCUUCACCCUUGACUUUGAUCCAAAUCUGUCCGUCUGGAACGCGAUUGACUACACGGGAGACUUUCGCCGUGUCAAACGACACUCUGUGUACCUGUCGCUUUGCGUUCCGGCCAGCUGCAGCUCUCAAGAUGUUGCGACGGCGUUGACGGAGCCCUUGAAGGAGUUGGCGAACGCCCGGCAAAUACACCUGGACGUCACAGUGAAGCCGUCGCUUUGCCAAGCACGUAGCGACGUCCCUGAGGAUUUCACCGUGGGGGCAAAGGUUUUUCUUUUCAUCGUUGCGGGACUGUUUGUCCUUGUGGUAGCGAGUUCAUGGUACGACAGCAGCGUCUAUUCUUCGGAGGAAGCAGUCAAGGACAACGAACCCAGAGACCUUUUCCUCUCCUUUUCCGCACGGCGUAACUUGCGCUCGAUUUUUUCUGCUCCAAGUUCUCACCCUGGUAUCGAUUGCAUUAAUUUGAUACGUUUUUUCUUCACGGCAUGCACAAUAUUUGGACAUAGAUCGAUGCAAUACUACGGCUACCCGCUCGUGGAGUCAACGUACCUCGAAAAGGCCUACACUAUACCCUUAUCCAUGAUGGUGUUAAACGGAACGAUUAUCAUCGACGGAUUCUUCAGUAUCGGAGGUCUUCUUGUCGCCUAUGGUGUGCUCCAUCAUCUUGAUCGGAGUAAACGAUUGAAUUUCACCGCGCUCAUACUCAAUAGAUUUCUACGGUUGACACCCCUCUACAUGUUGGUCGUCUUAUUCAAUGCUACCCUGAUGCCGAUGAUGGGAUCCGGUCCGUACUGGGAAGCCAGGGUGGGUUUUGAAAGAGAUAAUUGCGCGAAAAACUGGUGGGCUAAUCUCUUAUACGUCAACAACUACGUGCGUCCCGAGGAGAUGUGUAUGUUUCAAUCCUGGUAUUUAUCGGUCGAUUAUCACCUUUACAUCAUGGGACUCUUGGUCUUAUGGGUUUAUUGGAAGCUUCCGAGAAGACUGGGCUACCCGUUUCUCUGUAGUUUGAUUGCACUGGGCAUUGCCAUUCCCUUCUCCAUUACCUACGUUCAGGACCAGCAGCCAAUAUUCCUGGGAUUGCCUUUCAUGGCGGAACUUAGAAAGGAUCCGUAUUUCGUCAGUCACUAUAUCAAAUCACAAAUGAGAAUCGGUCCCUAUUUGGUUGGAGUUUUGGCUGGGGCAAUUGUCUACGACCAUAAAGAUGCCACGUGGAGACUUCCAAAGGCUUUGUCACGAUUUCUUUUCAUUCUACUGGCAGUCGGAUUUACUAUCGUCAGCCAGUCUUUGGCUUUCAAGUAUUACGACCCCAAUAGUGAGCUGCACCCACUUGAGACGGCCGCCUACGCCGGGUUCCACAGAGCAGCGUUUGCUCUUGGAAUAUGUUCGAUCGUUGUUCUGAUCACAAUUGGCGAUGGUUUGGACUUUCAUUACAACUUUAUGACACCACGCUGGGUCCCGCCCCUUGCAAGACUCACUUACGGUGCUUAUCUUGUCCACAAUAUCAAGCAAUCUUAUGAUGUCGGUGCUACCAGAAGCCCCCGGGUAUUUUCCCUCAACAACUGCCUCUGGGAACUGGUGCCAGACGUGUUCUAUACUUUCGGUAUAUCCCUGCUGCUGUCUGUGUUUGUCGAAGGGCCGAUACGAAAGAUCGAGAAGUUCAUACUCACGAAACGACCAAGCAGAUGUUCCUCGGAAGAAUCGAAUUCCGACGACAUCAAAAAGAGCAACUGAAAAUGACCUAAGCAUAAUUACGUAAAUUGCAGCCUUAUACAUUGUAUGAUAUAGGUAUAGGUAAACUCGUGGUUGGUAUAUCGGUGUUGUAGUACAAACACU